AUCCAUGUGCAAAGUGCAAUUUCAAAAUGGCGGCCAUAAAGUAUAUUUCGACUAGCUCGUCGAUGUGAACUAAAUUUACCUUCAAUUUCACGGCUCAAUGUCAAUACCAGAAGGCUUCAAGGGAAUCUGCGAUAACUACAAAGUACCAGGGGCAAAGAUGAUGAGUAUUUUGGCGCAUGAUUCGGCCUGAUAUCGUCCAUCCAGAGUCGUGAUGUACUCGGAGUGGGCGUCUCUGCAGAGCUCGGUCCUGAGCGAUGCUGGCAGCGCCAGCGUGCUGCACACCUUCCCCGAGGGGGUGGGGAGAGAUGUGGCCUGCUCGGUGGUGCGGCACCUGUCCCACGGGCUCAGCCACGGAGGCGGGGAGGACGGACAGAAGCUGGACAGCGAGCAACAGGUCAACUGGACCAUGGAGGUUCUGUGCUAUGGCCUUACGCUGCCCCUCUCAGACCACGAGACCAUACGGGACUGUGUCAAUGUGUACAAUGAUUGGUUGACUGUGCUGACGACGCCCAAAACGUCCGUUCCACGGCCUAUCCUGGAGGAGCCUAACAAAUAUGCACAGAGGAUGUUCAAACACCUGCACAACCUCUUCCUGCCAAGAUCAGAAGGUAACACGUAUGUCGACAAGCAGGUCAUCAUGUGCCACAGAAUCCUCAGGACUUCCCAAACCAUUGCCAAGGAGUCCCCCAUCAUGACCCAGCAGACCUGGGAGGGGCUCCUACUGUUCCUGCUGGGGGUCAAUGAUACACUGUUAGCUCCGCCCACUGCUCAAGGCAGUAUAGCUGACCAGCUGUGUGACCGUCUGGUGAGCGUGUUGUUUGAGAUCUGGCUGGUUGCCUGUGCGCGGUGCUUCCCCUCCCCGCCCCUGUGGAAGACCCUGCGUGAGAUGUGCAUCACCUGGAGACACCAUGCAGCCAUGGUGGACCAGUGGAACAGGUUUAACGUACUCCUCACCUCCAAGGUGCUGAAGAUCAUGUAUGGACCCGACUUUCCAGAACUCAAGAUAGCUGAGGAGGACAUCUCCAUGGUCCCAGCUGACAUGCAGAACGAGUGUGUGGUGCAGACGUGGUUCCGCUGCCUCCACGUCCUGGGGAACCCCGUGGACCUGUCCAACCCCAACGUCAUCAGUCAGACGCCCAGGUUCAUCCACAUGGCCAUGAUCAGUGACGUGGUCAUCGACCCCUCCCACCACCCCUGUCUGAAGAGGCUGCCUGCCAUCUUCCUCAGGGCCAUGAAGGGGAUCUCAGGGCUGGUGGAUGCCUUCCUGGGUAUGUCGUCCCCCAGGGAGAUAGAGGAGAUAGACAGUGCCCCCACCACCCCACAGGUGUUCCGCGGCUCCGCCUCCACCACUCCUCCCGGGUCUCGCAAAAAUGUCCGCAGCUUCAUGCCAUCCAUAUCAGGAAAGGACAAGGCGGAGUUCCGUAAGUCGGCCCCGGCCAUCCUCCCCCGUCAGCCCUCGGCCAGCAGCGUGACGUUGUUCAGCAGUGACCAGCACACGGUGCCGUCCCCCUGCAGGCCAAAGGUCAACAGCGUGCUGCACCUGUUUGGGGCGUGGCUGUUUGAUGCCGGGCUGGCAGGCUGUGAGCUGGAGCCUACACACAAGAGACAGGGCAGCUUCUCAAGUAUGGGAUCCAGAAGGUCCAGUGCAGCAUUCCCCAGCAGUUCCCAGGACGUGGCGGCGGCCGUGGACUCACCCGAGUAUCCGGAGAGUUACGAGUCUGGGAGAGCUGAAGCCUGCGGCACCUUGUGCAGAAUCUUCUGUUCUAAGAGAUCAGGGGAGGAAAUCUUACCUGCGUAUCUGUCCAGGUUCUACCUGGUGCUGGCACAGGGUCUGCAGGUCGGCAGGUACUGCAGCCGUGAGGUGAUGGCCAAGAUCGUGGUGAACUGUACGGACCUCCUGCGGAGCGACCUGAAGGGCGUGGACGUGCUCCUGCCCAGGAUCGUGGACGCGCUGGAGAUCAUACUGCCUGACAGGGAGCUCAUCAAGUUCCGCCGUUCCUCUUCGUCAGUAAGCCCAGAUCUUGCCAGUAGUGGCCAAAGUGCCUUCCCCUUCCCCCACGAGCAGGAGCCUCCAGUGUGCCCCUACGUGAACCAGAUUGAACUGCGCCGCUCAGCCAUCCAGCUCCUGCUGUCCAUCCUGUGUCUCCCACUGCACUUCAGGGACCUGCAGAUACAAGACAUUCUGAGAACUCACGAGACUGACGAGCAACCUGAGCACAACACCUUCCUGUCCCUGAAACUGAGGAUGGUGAACCUGCUGAUAGGUUCACUCCAGUGUGAGCAGGACUCCGACAACACUCAAAUGAUCCUAGGAGGGAUGCUGCUGUGUGUGCAGGACGCCGCCUUGCUGGAGGAGGCUGAACUGCAGGCUGCUGAGCAGGCAGAGCGGGAGCAGCAAAAUGAGGAAAGUGAAAAUGCAGAGAAAGCAGCAGACCAAGAACAGAAAGGCACUGUGGAUGCACCCGACCACGAAACACCUGCUAGUAAACUAGCCCAGGGACUGUACAGUGAAUAUGAUUCAGCCUAUGGCCUGUUUGUGCGCUGUAUCCACCUGGUGUGCCAGCGCCUGAUGUCUGCGUGGAAGACGGACCUGAACGUCAGCCUGGCUGCCCUGGAGCUGCUGUCAGGGCUGGCCAAGGUCAAGAUCGUCAUUCAAGACGUGCUGGAGUGUAAACGUGCAGUGAAGUGGAUCUGUGACUACAUCGGGUACCAGUGCAGCCGGCCGCCCCCCAACCACUCCCGCGACCUCCACUCCAUGAUCGUGGCAGCCUUCCACUGUCUCACCGUGUGGCUGGUGGAGCAUGAUGACCUCAUGAAUGACAAGGAGUGUCUUCAGCAUGUUCUAGAGACUGUUGAACUGGGCAUAUCAGGCAGCAAGUCAAAGGUGAAAGCCAGUGACCAGCCCAAGUAUAAGGGAGACAAAGAGCUGAAGCCAGCCUCCAUGAGGGUAAAGGACACAGCUGAGGCCACUCUGUAUGUUGUCAUGAGCCAAGUGGGCUCCUUCCCCCCCACCUCCGGCCCUGCCUCCCUGUGUACUCUGCUGAACGAGGAGGCCAUCAUGAAGUACGCCCGCGGCAGCACCAGCGAGGGGUCGCUCCCCUUCAGGUACUUUGUGCUUGACAAGAACAUCAUCAUGGGCAUCCUGGAGCAGCCACUGGGCAAUGAGCAAGACCCCAUGCCUACUGUAACAGUGCUGAUCAGGACGCCCUACGGCAGACAUGCGUGGACCAUGCAGCACAGGCAGCUGUCAUGGCAAGACAGGCUGGGUUCUCGGUCGGCCCUGAAUGACCCAGGUCGCCCUGUACCCAUGUCAGACGUGGGUCUCCACCAUGACGUCACCCAUAGGAACUUCCCGGAGGAGGUCGACAGAGUUCCGCCCACCAAGGCGGACCUGAGCAUCCCCACCCUGCAGCAGAUCACAGGAGAGAAGCUUCAGCAGGAGCUGGACAAGCUCCGGGCGCUCAUGGACGUACAGGUCAAGUACGAGACGGCCAUCAAUGUCCUGACAGAGAAGAGGAUAGCCUCCACAACAUUCCCCAACUCUGACACAGAGUGUAAGCCACCAAAGAUUGUGCAAGAGUUCCACCCGUCACGACUGUUCCUGUCCCAGCUGGGCUUCCUGUCUCUGGAUGGACUCAAGAGCGCUCCCAACAGCCCCCUGCCAGCCCUGAUUGCGCUGGACUCCAAGGCAACGACCUUUCACCUGGACCUGGAGCUGCUAGACAGCAUCCCUGUCCGCUCCUUCGACACCGUCUUUGUCUUCUAUGUCAAGUGUGGGCAGAAGAUGGCAACAGACAUCCUCAACAAUGUGGAGGCAGCAGAGAAUGUGCAGCCCCAGUUUCUGGAGUUCCUGCGUUCCCUGGGCUGGCCAGUGGAGGUGGGGAGACACCCCGGGUGGACCGGGCACGUCAGUACCAGCUGGAAACUGGCCACAGAUGACGAUGUCUUCGAUGACUCAACCCCAGUGGCUGAUGGGACAGGAGGCAGCCUUUUUAAUGGUGACAAGCAGGUGCUAUAUUAUGGAGACAUCAGCUCAGAGGUGGCCUUUGUGGUGCCAUCUGGCAGCAGGCAGGGGAACUGCAGGGACCAGCUGCCAGAUAAGCAGGCUGUUGAUAGGACCAGCACACAGGGCGAUGCCAUGGCAACAGGCCCUGGCCCCUCCCGUAACCUGACCCUGGAGCUGGCAGGGGUGGACCCCUCCCCGGGGGCUGUGGGACCCAGCCCGGACACGCCCACCUGUCACGGCAGGAAACGACAUCUGCCCUCCCGCGCCAACAUGCACGUGGGACCCGAUACCAAGGUCUUGGUCAUCUGGGUCGAGAGCUAUGACGACAUCGAGGACUUUCCUCUUGAGGACCUGUUGUCAGAGUGUGCAACAGGGAUGGACUAUGCCAGCAGCACCAGCUCCCUGGGCAGCCGGCCGGGAAUGGAGGCAUUCGUGAUUUUCAUCCACCCCCUGAAGACUGGACUGUUCCGGGUCAACAUGCAUGGCCCUGCUGGCAGGGUGAGCAAGGCCAUACCGCUGGUGGAUGGGAUGGUGGUGAGUAGAAGGGCCCUCGGAGCGCUGGUCAGACAGACUGCCAUCAACAUCUGUCACCGCAGACGGCUGGAUACUGAUACUUACCAACCUCCACACAUCCGCAGGAAGAUCAAGAUCCAGGAGGUUGUCACCAAGUACCGCAGCCAGAUGUCAGAGCCAGAGUUCUACACAGCCCUCUUUCAUGACAUGUGAAAUAUUCAACAAUGUACAUGUUUAUUAUCUAUAAUCUAUUCCUGCAGUGCAAUCAAAUGCACUUUCAUUUGCAAGCACACAUUUCAGAGGGACCAGAAUUUUCUUAUAUUUCUGCAUCUUCAUGUAGGUGAAUGUGUGUGUGAACUUGUGAAUCUACGUACAUGGACAAUAUAUUCUCAGACAAAAUUCCUGACAAUUUCUUGAAGAUUGCAAAACCAUCAAAGCUUAAUGUGCACACUUUUGGCGAUGGGGGCAUUAAGGCCCUUGCAAUGAAAUGAUAAAGCAAAAAUUACCACAAAUGAAAAAGUUUGUGUCCCCCAUCAGUAUGUCUCAUUUUCACACUUAAGUUCUCUCAAAGAUGUUACUUUACUGAUUACAGAAUAUAAAGAUUUCAAAUAUCAAAUUAAACUCUCUUGAUGUACAGUAGCAAUGUAAAUGAAGCAAAUCCACUAAUCGGAUAGUCCUAGAAAAAAUGACGUGUACUACAUUUUAGCACCUGGUAAUUAUCAAGCAUUGCGAUGUAAAAGUGAAGAAGGCACUAUUCGUUUAUUGAUUUCCCCAAUUUUUGUUGUAUGUAGAUGAUUGCAAUCACUGCUGGAAAGUGUAUAGCAUAGUAAAUGUAUAAGAAUGUCAUAGCAUAUUAUGUUACCAAUAAAAAUACUCAUCAAAAGAUUUCUACAUUAUUGGUUGUAAAAAUUCUUUGGUACAGUAGGGGUCUAAGGGUGUUUGUGGAUGUCAGCCUUUUUGCCUGGUCUUAAGCAGCUUGUACACAACGUAUGUGUUAUGCCGAAACAUGAUUUUCUAGUGUUGUGAACAACUGACUGAACUUCAACCUUGCACAAAAAGUACAAAAAAACAACAUCAGACUGUUUACAUCUCUCUUUAGUGGCAAAAUUUAUUUGGCUUCCAGCAUGUAGCAGUCAGACAAGGCUGUAGGGUGCACACUUAGUUAUCUACAUGUUUACCAUCUUGUGAUACACACAGACCAUCUCAGCUGGCUACCUGACGGUAGAGGCAGGAUAGGGAAACAUCCUGGUAGAUGUACAUAUAAGAAGCUCAAAGGGAAGUCUAUAUAAAUGCAGAGUCCAAGCUUCUGUACCAUAGUGAAUACAUGUACUAAAAAAUACUACAGAUGGGAUAGUUUACACUUGUCUCUAAUUUUGGGAAGACAUCUAGAGCAUCAAGAUGACACUCCUUGGAAAGUCAAACUGCAUCAAUUUCUGUUCUUUUCCAAGUUCUACAAGAGUAGAGUCAACUCUGUAUGUAGAAGAGAUCUAAGAAUUUCUAUUUGUCUUGGAAUAGUAAGUGUGGUGUUGAACCUGUAUUUAGUUUCAAGCUUAUUUUCCUCUUUACUAUUUCACCAAAACAGCAAAGAAUAUGGGGAAAGUCUGAAAAUGUGGAAUCAGCUUGUCAUGUUAUUUACUUAAAAUGUAAGCAACGCUAUAAAUCAAUCAAGUACUUGCGAAGAAUAUGUAGAAUUUCAUGACCCAACGUUUACAAUUAGGAAGGAAGACGGCGGUCUAGCAAUGUCCCAAACUAGGACUGAUGAUAUAAUUAGUUUCUCUGAAUCUCAUCAUUUCAUAACCAGUUAUGUACCUAAAGAAUCGUAGCCUUCAUGUAUGUACAGAAGACUAAUUGUAUGUUAAGCUCGCCACAUUGGAAGACCAAAUAUUUUUUUAUAUCACAGACUUUAUCUUAUGCCUUUACGUCGGAAUACGUCCACAUACUGUAUCCUGCCCAAGCAUACAAACAAGAUUUAACCCCGAAUGAAUGGAGGUGAAAUACAUUUCACAGUGUACAUGUAAGUGUCAUAUAGGUUUCUCCCCUUUAUAACUUUGAUGUUAACGAUUCAGAAACUCAGACGAAUGCAUGAGGGCUCUUCAUUUCUAGUGUAUCAUGACAAUGUUUUAUGCAAGUCCAAAUUCUUCCCCCAACCUCUAAGUCUCGUCUACGAUAUUGCAAAGACUUAAGAAACCUUGCUAGUAUUCCACAGUGCUAAUCUUUGCAUCCAGCUAAUAGAUGUAUUUCUGUGCUGUACUUUACAGUGACGGUGAUAUAUGAUAUCACUACUUACAAUGCUUAAGGAUAUUCUUUGAUUAGUACUGGCAAAGUGAUUUACCCUAUAUCAUACAGAGCACCCCUACUGGGUUAUGACUAACAAUGAUUACACAUGGCAAGAGAUAGAAUUAGAUAUUUCAAAUUUUAUAAUCUCUAGUAUCAA